GCUAUUUUGUAUAAAGACAGGCUAUGUAAAAAAAGUACGUGAAGCAUGACUUCAAAUCUCGGCUUUGAACUACAGAAAACUUCUUUUACUGUUAUAUGAACUAUGUAGGUGUAAGUACUUAUAUGUAUAGGUGCUUCGAUUUUUUCAACGAGUUACACAAAUUGUAAACAAAACAAACGACUGAGGAUUUUACGUCAAGUACCUGUUACUUUGCUUAAUUUUCAUUCUUGAUCUCGUACACAUAUUGUGUGAGUUCACAAAAAUUUUCACUGAGAAAUCUAAUCAUCGUUACAAUGAUAUUUCCUGUCGAAAUUUGGGAAAAAAUUUUACAUAAAACAGAGGCUCUGUCACUCACACGUUUGCGUUCUGUCAACGGUACAUUUAAUGCUAUAAUCACAAAACAUCUACAGAAAUCAGACGCUUGGUACAGGCAAUGUGAAAAAGAUAUUCCAAAAAUGUAUUGGUUUCUGCUGCUGGAAAAUUCGUUUCACGCAGUCACCCUCGAAAAACAAUUUAAGGAUAAAAAAGAGUACGACCGCUAUGAUUUCAAAAUAUGGGUGACACUGUACAGAGCUUGGACUAAAUGGAAGAACGUUCAAAGUUACGAUAAAUACAUUACAGAGGACUUCAGUCCUAUACCAGAGCACAGGCUUUCAGAAAGAAUCACUUGUUGUUCUACAUUAGGUGAAUUGGUCGCUGUUGGCUCCAGCGAAGGAUAUGUUAGAGUAUAUAAUUUGCGGACACAUGAACUGGUAUUUUUAGUUGAUCAGUAUGAUCAUGCAGAGUCUGUUAAAUUAUGGGUUCAAGGCAAAAAUUAUGAUAACAUAAUUUUAAUUGUAACUUCAGUUUAUAAAACUGUUAGAAUAUGGGAUAUAGUUCAGCAAAAUACGUUAAUAAGCAAAAGACCUGGCCUUGUAAUGUGUGCCGGCCACUCUUAUUAUUGUAUAGGCUUACAAGGUAAGACCAUUCUUGCACGCAAUGUUGCGUCUGAAAAAAACUUUUCUGUGACGUUGGUCAUGAAUUAUUACAACUCAAAGUCAAACAUACCCACGAUUCAAUGCGCUUCUAAUAACGUAUAUCCUAUUAACAUGACAAUAAACAUGAAUGAGCUGUGCUGUUUGUACAAUAACGGUCUUUAUUGCGAAAUCGACUUACAAAAAGUUUGUGAAAGUAAUUCUUUUUACGAACCACAAAUAACGUACCUGGGAGCGCCAAAAAAUCAAAAUAUUCGUAGCUAUCAUUUGUUUAAUCCUCAUGUGGCAUUUUGCAUUACAGACAGAGGCCAUUUAGGUAUAUCAGUGUAUAAAAGUGAAUGGCAAAUGUACAAUGUCUUUCCAUUUUUAGAAGGUUCUAUUUCAGCAAUACUUUUUCACGUAUCUUUAUUAGUAAUAGGAUUAGAUUAUGGUACCGUGUGUUUAUAUUCCGUCAAAGAUCCACGGGGACUGAGGGAAAUUAAUUUCAAAAAAUCAAAAAAAAUUUCUAUCGCCAAUGAACCAAUAGUUUCUAUAAAUAUUUUGGAAAUAUACGGAGAUCAAAGACUAUUAGUUACAACAAAACAGACAGUGUACAAUAUUAAGUUAGAUUAUGAAUAAACGAAAUAUCUUAUUUUUUAUCAUUGUUAACAUUAGAAAAAUAAUUAUUAUAAAGUGAUGUACAAAUAGUUAAAUUAAAACACAAUCAAAUGAAAACAGAU